CCCACUUUCCUCCCUUUUCCACCCCCACCAGCCCCUAUUUUCCUACUCGUCUGUCGUCUCCACCUCCCCCUCCUCUCCUCGAUACGUUCGAGCACUGCGGCAGCGGACGCGGACGGGAGGAGGCAACAGACCGCGGCUCCCCCUUCCCAUCCUCGCCGCCGAUCUGGGCCGCCUGCCCGCGGAGGACACCGAUCGGGGCCGGACGGCACAGCGUCCGUACGUUUCUGGGUUAUUGCUCCUGGCGUCUCUUCUUGUUGGUUGCGGCGGCUAGGGGGCUGCUAGGGAAGCAGUUUGUAGUUUUGUCCAGUUUGCUGCCACCAUUUCCAGCGGUUUCCACCAUUUGUCUAAUAAAUUAUUGGUGAUGUACUUAAGGUUUAGAUUCUUCAAGUUAUAAAGCAUUACUUUUUUUGGGUGAUGGUUUGUUUUUAUUCAAAUCAUCUGAGUACCAAGGAAUACAGUAAGGUGUGAUGCAACAUAAUAGGAUCACCAUGCUGUCUUCCUCAGAAACACGCCACCUUGGUUCUAGUUCCAAUAACCCAACCAUGGAUCAGCAGAAUUUACUUCCAAACAAUCCUACUGUGGAUGAACAGAUUUUACUUCCUGAUACCCUAGAGAAUGAGAACUACCCUCAUUAUUUGCUCAAUGGUCAUGAGGUGGGAAUGCCAAAUGGAAGCUUGAUUGGUCAGCAAAAUACAAGCUUGAGCCUAUGGGAAUCAGCUGGAUCUAGCUCUAUGGGUUGCUUAGUCGAUCAUGGUAACUUCCUUCAGGUUAAAAGGGAGCAUUUUGCGCCUUCUCUGUCUACAGGAGGUCCCUUAAGUAUAGACAGGAGGAGACAUGAAGCAAAUGGCUCAUUGCCUUCACACAACUUAAACAUAGACCUUAAUGUUAAUCAAGCUGAUCAAUUUGGCAUCGAGGAUGUUGAUGUCGUUCACGGUAAUGUGCAAUCAAGAACAAAUACUGCUUCACUCAACAGGGGUUCUUCCACCACUGAGCGAAUUUGGCAUCAUGAAAUUUCUUUGAACGCUUUCGGAAGUUCGUCACAGACUGCAGACAGUUUUGAUGGUGCAGCAGGCCAAGAAUUUGGCAUGCUUGACAGUCACCGUUCAUCUUACAAGAGAAAGAAUGUUGAUGGAAAUCAUGCAGAGACUUCUGCCAAUGGAAGUUCACGUAAUCAAUACCAAAUUAACAAUAUUCUGCGGUCUUCUCCGGUAACCCAUGAAAGUACUAGUUUGACGUUGCCCUCUACAAACUAUGCUGAUUCAUACCCUCCUAUGGAACAGCUGAACCAGAGUACUAAUGUUUCUGCAAGUGGCACUUUGUCCGACCAUUAUUCAUUGUAUACUGAUCCCCAUGAAAGUGAAAGAUUUAUGAGAAAUACACGGAUGAGAAUAAGCCCAAAUGAGUAUGAUCAAUCACUGCCCAGGCUCUUACCUGAGGAAAGUUUCAGGUGUUCUGCUUAUCAGCCUACACAGCAACAGUCUUCGUUUAUUCCAGUGCAACCUAGAGCAAUUAGCUCUUCAGCCACUUCUCAUAGUCGACCUCAUGUGCCAGCUGUUACUCAAUUCUCACAAAAUCUUCACCGUCAGCCAUCUAAUGGCAAUUUUGGAUCAAGAAUUGUUAGCUCCUCCAGCUCUGCUAAUACAACAAUCCAGAGAUCUACUUCGCAAGAUCCCAGUAGGAGCUUGAUGAGAAGCAAUGUUCCUGAGCCCCUUUUGUUAGGUUCUUCCUUUUUUAAUGCUGAUUCAACAAAUUUGCUAUCUGCACCCGGAAGCAGAAGCAAUCAGCAAAAUUCAGGAUCCAGCUCUAGCUCUACACUUAGAGCUGCUGUAAAUGUAGGAGCUCAACAAGUUCCUGCGUCCAAUGCAUCCCAGCCAAGCACAAAUGUAAGAGGUUCAGCUGAUAUCGCCAGGAGCUCCUUGUUUUCUGAUGGUGUUUCUCAUUCCAGAAGUUCAAGCAUAGCAUUGCAGCACCGUGGACCUUCAUCCACAUCACAAGAGAUUCGGAGCCAUCAGCCAGGAUCGAGCUUUCGCGCCCAUCAGCAACACUACUUUAGGGCUGGUCCUCCUUCCAUAGAUAGGCAAAACUCUGGUUACUUGGACCUCCAGUCUUUUAUGCAGACCAUAGCUGCUUCUAGAGAAGGAAGCAGGACAGUGUCAGAGCUCCGCGAUGUUGUUGACCAAAUUCGUCAGGGGAGAAGUUCAAGACUCGAGGAUUUGCUUCUCAUCGAUCGUUCACUUAUUGUAAGGAGAGCCAAUUUGAUCGAUAGUCAUCGGGAUAUGCGACUUGAUGUGGAUAAUAUGUCCUAUGAGGAAUUGUUGGCAUUAGGUGAACGUAUUGGUUAUGUAAACACUGGACUUACUGAGGAGAAAAUUAUGAGUGGCUUGAAGAAAUGGAAAUAUUUCUGCAUGCUACUAGAACCUCUAACUGGUGUUGAACCAUGCUGUAUUUGCCAGGAAGACUAUGUGGAAGGUGAGGACAUGGGCAGACUGGACUGCGGCCAUGACUUCCACACCGCGUGCAUCAAACAAUGGCUGGUUAUAAAAAACCUGUGCCCUAUCUGUAAAAAGACAGCACUGGGCACCUAAACUAUGGCAGUCGCUUCCCUCGUCUCAGGAAAGCCACCGUCCCCACUAGAGCAAGUGGUUAUCAGCUUGCUACAACCUCCCAAGAUCAGCAACUGCUCAUAAGCCUGUUACACACACCUUCCCAGCAUCCAACAAACAGGUCGUACAUGGUACUUACCUGAAGCCAAUGGCUGUAGACGUUGAGUUUCCUUCUUUUGUUCAAACCUGGAUUUGAGAUCCAAAAUUUAUUCAAUGACAUUUGAUUUACUUGGGCAA